CAAUCUAGUUAGGUUUUCCUGUGUUUGAAAAGUUUGAGUUAUUGUCUAGUACUCGUGUUCUGAAACAAAUAAUUUUUUAUCACAGAUUAGUGAAGUACUUGAAUUGCAUAUUGGUUGGAUCGCUUGGCAUAACAAAUUUCGAGCUGACAUUUUGUAACAUUUGACAAAAAGGAUUAACAAUUAGCUGUGAAUGAAAACAAAAAGGCUCGAGCAACUGCCAACUGAGAAGUGAGCUGAAGGUGAUGUAACAGAUUUGCUGGCAUCAUCGUGAAUACUCAUUGUGUGGUCGUAGUGUGCCAUUAAAACAAUCUCCGGACGUACAGGGGUUAUUCAAAUAUUGGAAAGUUUUUGAACGAUGGCAACAUUAACAUUUCCAAUUCUUAAAGUGGAUGACAUUGUUUCUCAUUUUCGAACAAUUAUUUUAGUUGGGUUCCCAGAGGCCAAAACCUUCACAAGAAGUGAUAUUGUGCCACAUCCCAAGGAUGAUCCCUCCAGAGCAGCAAGAGGAAGUUAAAGAAUUGACUGCAGCUAUCCAGAAAGUACAGCAGAAGAUAAAUCAAGAAUGUCGCCCAAGAGAUACUGCUGUCCAAGAUAAACUGGCUCGGCUCAAAGCUGAACUUCAGGAGAAAACUAAGUCAUUGGGUCAAGUGAAAAUGGAUGUGGCUACACUGAAAGAUGAGCAAGCAAGGUUGAGAUCACAAAUAGUGGAAUCUCCGGAUCAGUUAAAAAGUGAGAUGGAGAAACUAAAGGAGACUGUAAAGAAAUUAAAGAAAGACACAGAUCAAACAAAUGAGGCUUGUGUUGACUAUCAGAACAAAGUGGAGUCUGCUCUCUCUUGUAAAAGAGAGCUCCAGCUUUAUUACAACAAAUUGGUAGAAAUGGAUGCUGGCAUGGGAAAGUUGAGCAGCCUUAAAGUAGAGGAUCAGAACUUAAAAGAAGAAAUAGAAAGCCUUCAGAAAAAAUUAAAGACAUCAGAACGACAAGAAGAACAACUAAAAAGAGUUUUUGCAAGUAGAAAGGAAAAACUGAGACAGUUUUUGACAAAAAAGGAGCAGAAGAAGCAAGCAUAUGAACAAGAUGCUCAGAAGAUACUAGAAGAUUAUACACAGCUGGAGGAAAAAUGGCAAAAGUGUGAAGAGCAAGGCAAUCUUAAAAGAAAAGAAACUGCUCUAUUAAAAUUGAACCUUAAAGAACUUGGAGACAUCUUGGAAAAUGUCACUAGAAGAACAGCAGAGCAGCAAACUAGUUUGAUGUGUGCCAUGAAGAAGCAUGAUGAAAAUUUGUCAAAGGAAAUAAAUGUUUGGUUAGCUGCAAAAAAAGGAAAAACUUGCAGAUUUGGAGAGCCUCACCAUAUUCCAUCUUGUGCUUGGUGGAAUUUUCACCAAAAUGCAGUUAUAAAUGUAUUUGUAUCAAUGAUAUGUUACUGUAUUAUAACUUAAAAAUAUUGAAAAAGGUUUCUGUACAUAUGAAAAUCUGUUAAUGCUAAAAUAUUUGCAUUUCCAAAAUAAUUUUCUUAAUGACUUGCUAAAUAAAAGGGGAAAGUAAAAGUGCAGAGGCACAACUAAAAUAUGGGUAGUAUAUGUACCUUUACUCAAGCAAUUCUGAGCACAUUCAUCCAGUACAUCCUAUGUACUCCAGCCCAAAUGAGAUGCAACUUGGGAUAAGAUAAUUUAAUUGGUAAAUUAUUCGCAGUAUAUAUAGAAAACAACCAAGAGGUGUUUUUAAUCUAUGUUACAGGAUGAAACAUUGGAAGAACUUUUAUGCAACGUUAGACUUUAAUAUUUCUUAGUAGACCAGCUAUAGAAUAGGAUGGUAGGUGCAAGAAAGUAGAGAGAGCAAGGAGUAGGUGUAUGUGGAAGUCUACUGCAGAUGAGAUGCAGAAUAGCUAAAGCAGGUACAAGGACAGAAGAAGAACCCAUUGCACAUGGGGUACAGAAUAGCUAAAGCAGGAAGGACAGAAACGAAACCUACUGCACAUGAACUACAGAAUAGCUAAAUCAGGAACGACAGAAACAAAACCUACUGCACAUGAACUAAAGAAUAGCUAAAUCAGGAAGGAGGACAGAAACUAAACCUACUGCAUGCGAGCUACAGAAUAGCUAAAGCAGGUACAAGGAAAGAAAACUGUGUACUGUGUUGCAUAACGGAGUUUCAGAACUAUUCACUAUGUUCCUGUUAUGCUGUCAGCAAAGCCUUCAGGACUAGCCAUCAAAUAUCUUGUUUGCGUGUGUGUCUCUCCCUUAUUUUUUGUAAAGCAGAUCUUUUCAUUUUCAAAAGCAACAGUAACUACAGUUGUACACAAACCAGUUUAGUGAAGGAACAUCAGAAAUAUUUUCUACCCAGUUUAGUAAAGGAACAUCAGAAAUAUUUUCUACCCACUAACGCUGAAAUGGUGAUAAUGUAUAAAACUGGAAUUUCUGAGGGGAUUCAGGUAUAUUUACUGUGUUUCUAGUCCGUUAACUAGAUUAGUCCUGCUAGACAGUAUACAUUUAAAGAGUUGUCAAAUGGAGAAAAACUCCCACAGUAUGCUGUAUGUUUUGCUGUUCAGUGCAAAGUACAAUAAAAUAAUGUACACAUCA